ACUGAUUGCUUCUGUCCUAUCAGCAAAGGCCAAGGUGCUGCUGUGGGUGCUUGUCUCUCUGCUGCCUCUGGUGGAAGGAGCCCAUAUGAGAGCUGGUCCUGCUGCUGUCAGUGCUGGAUCAGACUCGAGCCGCCCUGCUGGCCUGCUGGAAGCCCAGGAGGAGAAGGAGUUUCCUUUCACCUUGCCAGAGGUGGACAAAAAGCAGGAGGAUGAGAGCGACCCGUACUCCACGUGGCAUGCUCUGUAUGAGCCAUUUGUAAUAGAGGAGAUGGACGACCACUCCAGUGUUCGCUGGGCAGGGCGCUCCCCACGCUCCUCUGACCCCACAGAACCUCAGCCGAAGGGCGCGCCGAAGAAAAAGAAGAAAAGGAAGAAGAAAGAAAAGGAGGAAGAGGAAGAAACCGCAAAUGUGGACAGAAGGGGUAAAGGUAGAAGCAGGCGCCCAAAGCAGAGCAGCAGAGACUGCCGUGUGGAGAAGAAAGAGAUGAGGGUCCGGGACCUGGGUCUGGGGUUUGACUCAGAUGAGACGGUCCUCUUUAAGUUCUGUGUGGGCUCCUGCCAGUCUUCAAGAACCAACUACGACCUGGCGCUCAAGGCGCUGCUGGAGAACGGCUCGCUGCCUCGCCGCACCGCCCGUAGGGUCAGCAGCCUGCCCUGCUGCCGGCCGGACCGCUACGAGCCCGUUUCCUUCAUGGACGCUCAGACCACGUGGAGGACCAUCAAGUCACUGUCUGCUGCCAGCUGCAUGUGCAUGGGCUGAGGGGGCGCCACGCACUGAACAGGAAGCGAUGGAGGCCAUUUGUCGGGUGCAGCUGGACAAUAGGAGACAAAGGUCGC